UGCGACACAACGACGAUAUGUUUUGUGAAAAUUACACAAGUAGUUAAAUAAAAUUGAAAGGCAAUAAAUAUUUUAGCAGUGAUUGGAUGCAAUUUAGUGCAACUAAAUAUUAAAUUAAAAAAGAUAAUUUGGCAAAACGAGCCGAUGAAACUUUGUGACGUCAUAUUUGUGCGACUUUGUUGUGCUCUGGGUUUGGGUAAGAAAUUGGGUACAAUGGUGGCAUUUCCAAGUUCUCUUACCGAUGAAGAAGAGGCAUUGCAAAAGAAAUAUGCUAAACUUAAGAAGAAGAAAAAGGCGCUAGUUGCCUUGAAGAAGCAGAGUUCAACCAACCAGACCAAUCAGAGUGGACUCAAACGAACUUUAUCAGACCAGCCUGUGGUGGACACAGCGACAGCAACUGAACAAGCAAAGAUGCUGAUCAAGUCUGGAGCCAUCAGUGCUAUUAAAUCUGAGAACAAGAACUCUGGAUUUAAAAGGUCAAGGAUGUUGGAGAUUAAACUUAAGGACCCUGAAAAAGGCCCUGCUCCAGCCUUCUUACCCUUCCAAAGAAGCGUCUCAACUGAUGACGAGCCACCAGACUCCAAGAGAGCUCACAGGAAGUUACUCUACGAAAGUUUUGUGAGUUCCAGUGACCGUUACCGCGACGAUGAUGACGGGAGUGGAAUGUCGUCAAGUCGGGAAAUGGACCGGGAUCGAGAGCGCGACAGAGACCGAGAGAGAGACAGAGAUCGCGAUCGGGAUUUUGAACGGGAGCGUGAUCGUGGGCGGGACAGAGAGAGAGAGAGGGAACGAGAGAGAGGACGUGAAAGGAGCCGUGACAGGAGCCGGGACAGGAGCCGAGACAGGAGCCGGGACAGGAGCCGGGACAGGAGCCGGGACAGGAGCCAGGACAGCAGCCGGGACAGGAGCCGGGACAGGAGCCGGGACAGGAGUCGGGAGAGGAGUCGGGACAGGAGCCGAGACAGGAGCAGAGAACGAAACCGAGAUAGAGACAGGGACGGACCAUUCAGACGCUCAGACUCAUACCCCGAGCGCAGAGGUGUCCGAAAGGGAAACACUGUUUACGUUUAUGGCUCUGGACUCAUAGAGGACAGCCUGCGCUCUGCCUUUUCUCUGCACGGAAACAUCAUUGACCUGUCUAUGGACAACCCACGCAACUGUGCAUUUAUUACAUUUGAAAAGAUGGAGUCUGCAGACCAGGCAGUAGCUGAGUUAAACGGCAAUACAGUGGGAGACGUCAACAUCAAAGUGAGCAUUGCCAGGAAACAGCCAAUGUUAGAUGCAGCCACCGGAAAAUCAGUCUGGGCCUCUCUGGCGGUACAGAACAGCACAAAGGGCUCCUACCGUGACAAGAGGAACCAGGUCGUCUACAGCGAAGACUUUUUGUGAUUCAUGUUUCUCCCUUACAGCAAGAUUCUUUACAUUUUUUGUUCAUGUUUGUAGAGCGGAAUUUCAAAAACUGUAUUUUUUUUGUUGUCAAAUAGAUUUAUGCUGUAAUAUCUUUAGAGGAUUAAACUGGUUUCCUGUUGCUCAAUAAAUCUCUACUCUGUUAUCAUGAUGAUGUCAUGUUCAAAAGAUCAAAUGUAGAUUGUCUGUUUAUGAUGAUUUAUAACAGCUUAUUUGGGGUCAUUUGAAAUCACCUAGACACUUCUGCAGCUCCUCCAGGAACAACUGAUGUUCUCAAAGGUGUGAGAUACGAUUUCAUAUGAUGAUGUGAGCAGGACCCAAAGUGUUCAGGAGGUUAUGGAGUUGAGGUCAGAUUUGUGGAGAGUCAACCCCGUUGACAUCACUCAGGAUCCAGAAUACACACUUUUUACUCUUGUAAAAAAGAUGUGAGUCUGGUCACUGGUGAAUCUCCCCGUUUUCAAAAGAGCUUGACUGACAGGUGGAUUAGUCAAUCAGGGACACUCAUGGUCUGCCUAUAUCCAAAAAAGUAAAGGAAAAAAAAUAUCACAAGGGACUGAAAAACUUUGUGGAUUUCUGCAAAAUCGAUGACUGAAGCACUAAACUCUGUUCAUCUGAGGUGAGAGAAAUUAGAUUUUAUUUGUAAAUCAUAGGUGACCGAAGAGCUCCUUCGUUUCACAUGUGUCACUGAAAAAACUAAUCUGAUUGGACGAUCACGUCUGUCCGUACACACAAUGAAGGAAGUGGGGACCAAACUGAUAUAAAAAAUACAGAGAGAUCUUUAAGGAUUUGCCAGACAACCGCUUAAAGUAAGAAUGCAUAUUUUUCAAAAUAUCUGAGCUAUACAAACAGCCUUGGGGAAAUACAAUGAUAUAUCGUGCUGUGGAACAUUUUAGGCAAAGCCACCAAAGUUGCACAGUGCACCUUUAAACAAUUCCACGAAAAAUGACAAAAUCACAGGAAAGGCCAUAA